AUGCCAAAGAAGAAAGAUGAGUCCCCUGAUCAGCGAGACUUCAAGAAAGAAGCGAAGAAAUUUGUAAAAACCUUGAUGGAGGAAUCGGACCCCAAAGCUUUAUCGCUCCAAGAUGUGAGGGAAGCUGUCCAAAAAGAGCUGUUGAAGGGAGAAGAACCCAAACAUGUGGCAAUGUUUGAAGACAACUUGAAGAACAUCGGUUUGGAUUUGACCAAGGGCUUCCAGUACUUCGAUGACACCGUGAGUGGCGUCCUGAAUUCCAUUAGCGUUGACCUCAUCAACUUGGUGGACCAAUUCAUCAUCAAUCCUUUGAUCAGUCUGCUGGAUCUCUUCGAUUGCACCUUCAUGGCGGCCUUCUGGAUGGGUCUCACGGACUCCAUGUGUUUGCGCGCCAUGAACGGCCUGCGCAUGAUCGCCAACAGCUAUGUGUGGGUGGCCCUCCUCAGCCUUCUGAUUGCCAUGUUGAUGUACGUCCCCUGGCGUCUCAGCAAGGACAACUUGGACACGGCCAAUGCGGACAGCGCCCCCCAAUCCGCCACCGUCUGAGUUGUCGGACAAGCCCAGACGAGCCAAGAAGGGGCGAUAUGUGGAUUCCACAGAAACUCAC